GUCUUUCUUCCCCAACUGUCCUCAUCGUCACUUUCUCACUCUUCCCCAAUGGCGGCUCUUCGCAGGACCGCGGCCUCAGCAUGGCGGCUGCCAUCACUUGCACGCAGCUUCACCUCCUCGUCCUCAAUAGCAUCGUCGUCGCGCCGCCCACCUCUCGCCUUCGCCUUCGACAUCGACGGCGUCCUUAAAGCUGGUCCUCGCGUUCUUCCUCAAGCACUGUCCGCGCUACGUAUGCUGCAUGGCGAUAACCCGUACAAGUCUCAGAUACCCUACAUCCUGGUGACAAAUGGCGGUGGCGUCUCAGAAGAAGAUCGAGCAGCGCGACUGAGCAAGGAGCUUCAGCACCCUAUUCAACCGCACCAAGUCUUGCAAGCGCAUACAGUCCUGCAGAGCCUCACCAAGCUGUACGGCGAUAAGCCCAUUCUCGUCAUCGGCGGGCCAGACAAACCGCCAGGUGGAGUGCGCGGGAUCAUGAAUGAGUACGGCUUCAACGACGUCUAUACGGCUCACGACCUGCACCACAGCUUCCCCGCCUCCUGGCCCUUCACCCGCGCCUCCCCGGAUCAGGUCCGCUCAAACCUGCCCGACCUCUCCUCCGUCCAUUUCUCUGCCAUCAUUGUCUUCCACGACUCCCGCGACUGGGGCCGAGACAUCCAGCUCAUGGUGGACAUCCUGCGCAGUCGCGAUGGCGUCUUCGGUACCGAGUCCUCCCCAGCAGAGCUGAAGAAGCGAGAGCAGAUCCCACUCUACUUCUCGCACGGGGACCUGCUGUGGGGCAAUGACUUUCCUGUAGUUCGAUUCGGGCAGGGAGCCUUCAGAGUGGCAUUCUCCAACGUCUGGCAGAAGACUACCGGCCUCCCGCUCGAGUACACCGUCUUUGGCAAGCCGGAGAAGCUUACCUUCGAGUAUGCGGCUGAAAUGCUCAGGGAGAUGUGUGGCGGGCAAGAUCCCGCAAAGGUGUACAUGGUUGGCGACAAUCCAGAGUCUGACAUUCGUGGUGGCAGGGACUUCGGGUGGGAGACGGCGCUCGUGUCCAAGACAGGCGUGUACCGAGAGGCGCAGGGCGAGCCAAAGUACAGGCCGAGCUUUGUGGUGGACGACGUUGAGGUCGCGGUCAGGGAAGCGAUUGAGAGGGAGAUGGAGGCCAGAAGAGGAGACAUCGCCCCUUCCUCCUCACGACCGGUCACGAUGAUUUUCACUCCCCGCAGCAUGGUCGGCCACGCCGUUACCCUCCUUCUUGCCCUCGUCCUCAUCACCUCGUCAUUAGUCGCAGCCCAGUCGCCAACGACGGCAGCGACAUCCUCGUCUUCGAACGCAGCGAGUAGCAGCUCAGGGAGUGCAAGCGGAAACAGCACAGCCACCGUCUCGGGCAACUCGACCAGCACAGCGUCAGGCAACGCAACGAGUACGUCGACCACCUUAUCUCAAUACCCCACCGCAUCGAUCCCAGCAUCCCUCGACGGCUCAGCAGCUGCGCCUGCGCCUGCUGCUACAGGUGGCGGGGGCUCCAAGUCGGGCCCUGGGGACAGCUAUAUUGCUGGGGCGGGACAGACGAGACAGAUGGCUGUAGGAUUGGGGGGCUCAGUGCUGGUGGCGGUAGGAGGAUGGUUGAUCGUUUGAGAUGAAGAGGUCAACAGAUUCAUGCCUUCUUCGAGACAUUCUCGAUCGUCACGCAGCCUGGAGCUGCCGCUGCGAUCAUGGCAGUCGCUAUCUCGCCAGGAAAUCAAGGACUCUUCUCACGACAUUACGCUCUUACCCCAGUCUGGACUCGCCAUUACAAACGCUGCUCUCUUCAUCAAGUUGUCAAUAGUCAUUGCUAAACAUUCAUACAUCAUACAGAAUACACCGCGGACUUCUUACGCC